GCCCAAACUCGGAUGCUGGUCCGGGCUCACACACACCACUCCCAGAAACCCUAGCUCUGAAACUCCUAUCAUAUAUAGUGACUGUCGUCGGAGUGGCAGAGAGAGAGAGAGAGAGAGAGAGGGCGAGCGAGCGAAAAUGGUGUCCGGCUCAGGGAUCUGCGCGAAGCGAGUAGUGGUCGACGGACGACACCACAUGCUCGGUCGUUUGGCGUCGGUCGUAGCCAAGGACCUCCUGAACGGCCAACGAAUAGCCGUCGUACGCUGCGAUGAGAUCGCCAUAUCGGGAGGCCUCGUGAGGCAGAAGAUGAAGUACAUGAGAUUCCGGCGAAAGCGCAUGAACACCCAGCCCUCUCACGGCCCCAUCCACUUCCGUUCUCCCGCCAAAAUCUUCUGGCGAACUGUCCGAGGGAUGAUCCCGCACAAGACGAAGCGUGGAGCCGAGGCUCUGGCGCGGUUGAAGGCUUACGAGGGCAUCCCUCCGCCGUAUGACAAGACGAAGAGGAUGGUUGUUCCUGACGCUCUCAAGGUCUUGAGGCUUCAGAAGGGCCACAAGUACUGCUUGUUGGGUCAGCUUUCGUCUGAGGUUGGAUGGAACCAUUUUGACACCAUCAAGGCGCUAGAAGAGAAGAGAAAAGAAAGGGCUCAGUUGGCAUAUGAGAGGAAGAAGCAGCUAACCAAACUUAGGUUGAAGGCUGAAAAAUCUGCAGAGGAGAAGCUUGGUUCCCAGCUCGAUAUCCUGGCUUCGGUUACCUAUUAAAAUCUAGGGACUGCAAGUGUCAUACAUUCUUUUUGUUGAGGAGUACAUCUUAGUGAAAUUUCUUGUCAGGGUUCUCGUUUUUGGAUCCUCAAUUCUGAUAAUUUUCGAUGGGAAAAUUGUUUACUUGUUUUGAGCUUUUGAGUCAUAUGAGUAUGAAAAUCAAUUUUGUAUGAGAAGAUAAAAUUAUCCUUCAUCGUUUUUGCAUUCC